ACUAAAGCCGUAAAGGGCACCUUCCAGCAACGGAUAGAAGUCAUAUCUUUUGCACACAAGCAGAGAUAAUUGCCCAUUUUAAAAAACAAUUGUAAACAAAAAAAUGGUGAGACAAGGAGUCAAAACGGAAACCUCCAUUAAGGAUCUCAACUGUCUAGCAGUGAGCAUGACCAAAUCCAGUAGUAGGACCAAGAACCUUCACGACACUGCCAAAACACUCUCCACAGCCGGUCAAUCGAGUCUCUCCAACAACAGUGGGAGCAUCUUUGACUUUACCCCCAUCAACGGCGGUAGUUCUUCACGGCAAAACAAGAUGAACCUCUCUGGCAGUACGUCGCUAAUGAUGGCAGAUGAUUCCAACAACUCGUCCUUUAGCGAUUUGGCCAAGCAGUCCAGCCGGCAAUCCUUCGAGUCGUCGUACUUUGGCUCGUCGUUCGAUGCCAGUUUCACAGCCUCCAACUCGUCCUUGGAGUGGGCAGAAGAUGAAGCAUUUCCCAAGUCCAGCGCCACCGCGUCCACCACCACCACAACCAAUAGCAGCACCCCUGACAUUUCGGAUUUUGUCGUCCUGUCAGCCUUUCAAAUAAUAGAGCCCAGCAGUACUAACAGUGAAGCUCAUCAACAAGAAGAAGGAGAAGCAGAAGAGGAUGAUGACGAUGAGAGCCACUCGGAAGACGAAGCUUUCCAGGAGGAGGAGGACGACGACGAAGAGAGUGACGAAGAAUAUGAAGAAGAGUUCCCCGAGGUUGACUUUGAUGACGAGGAUAUUACUCAGAUGGCCCUGGCGGCAGAAGACGCCGAGCAAUUCUUUGCGCCUUCACCACGUGAUAGCGUCAAGAGAGGAGGAGAAAACCGAAGGCCCUCUUUGCAAAAGAUCAUCAAGCAACCCACCACCCCCGCCAAGACUCUGGAGGAACAAGCGGCGGAAACGGCUCUUUGUCAACACUUGGCACGGAGUGGGAUUGAAGUCAGCUCGCAACGACGAGGGCGAGCCCGUCAAAGAGGAAGCCUCAUCAAGCACCAGCCGUCUCCCUUGCUAGCACGCGGAAACUCGAGCCGAUCCAGCAUGACCGAGAAUGAUGUCGAAGGUCUACGGCAACACUGUCGUCGAUCCCUCAGUCGCGUGCGUACACCCAGCCGCACGCCCUCGGUCAGUGCUCACGGUCGCGCUCCUUCGUCCAGAGGGCGUCAUUUGCAGCAGCAUCAUGUUGCUGCUGGCCGAGACCGCUCUGUGAGCCGCGAUAGAAGCGCUGCCACUGCACCCGCUCCUUUGGAAAUCAGGCUCGACCGGCCACUGCUGGGCAAGGCACUUCUUGGUGACGAUGACAGCGAGGAAGAAGAAGAAGCCGAUCCCUGGGCAUGUCCAUGGAUUGGCAACAAGGCCAAGCCGCCAGGUGCCAUGGACCCUACCACCAAAGAUUUUGAGGCACCAAUCCCAGUGCUGUGCUUUAUGAACGACUCGUCCCACCAAGACUCUGUCAUGACACCCGCCCAGCAGUCCCUUGCAUCGACCAAGAGCAGAAGGAGGCACCGUGCGUCGAUUAGGGAAAAGGGGCCGACUGCUGCGGCAUCAUCAAAGACAAAGUCGAGGCGAUCCCUGAGACCAACCAAGUCUGCCGAACAGGAAAGGGGAACAGCUCGGACUCCUCGCUCCUCUAAGCGCGUGUCUCUCAAGGACUGUUCCGCACGUUCCAACCCAGAACAGCGGACCCUGUCGUUAGAAGAGCGCCUAGGCAACCUCAAGGAUGCGUCAGCUCGUUCCAAUCCCGAGAGGAGCACUACCAGACACAGUCGGGAGGAAGGAAGCAGAGGAACGAGCGGAUCUGAAAAGAGACGUCCUAGUGACUCCAAACAAAAGCGUCAUCGAAGCAAGGGCAAAGCGGCAACGACCAUACCGCCCCUCAGCGGCAUGCAAGAAGGAAAACCGUAAGCCGGCGCAAUCAACGAAGGAGACAUUAGGUAUAGAACAAUUGACAGAAGAUAGACACAUGUAUACCGGUAGC